GUGCUUGUGUGAGAGCAGAGCGGAGAGAGCGCAUAGCUUAGCCGGGUUUCCAGUUCCUGCAGGCAACGCCCAUGGUCCUGGACUGCGCCUUCACGGACAUCCACUUAGGGACAUCCACUCUCUCCACUUUCAGAAAAGUUCGGACAAAGUGAAUUGGGUUUGGGUUUGGGAGAUGGCAGCUGCUCCCUCUGCUUCCUCUGUGCCCCCUUUCAGAAGCCCCCACCUCCAACCCCCUCCAUCCUUCCCACACUGACACCCAGCUCCCAGACUCUCCUUUGCUUUCCCUGAUUCCCUGACCUCAGUGGGGUCAGCCAUGUCCGCUCUGCUCCCUGCUGGUUUUAUUCUCCUCCCUAGCCCUAUCUGCUGAGCUGUUUCCAAGUCCUCACCCUGCCGUUCCCCCGCCCUUUCUCUCCACCUCCACAGCUUUCUCUCCUACUCCAUUUCAUCUUUCCAACUUCUUACUGGCACCCGCACGCAGGGUCCCUCCACCCACCUUCCUAACCUUCUCUCCCCCAAAUCCUGACCAUGGAGUCUGAGCCUUCUUGGACUGCCACUCCCUCUCCUGGGGGCACUCUGUCUGUCCCCAAUGCUACCACACCCUGGCUGGGCAGGGAUGAAGAGCUAGCCAAGGUGGAGAUUGGGAUCCUAGCUACUGUCCUGGUUCUGGCCACAGGGGGCAACCUGGCUGUGCUGUUGGCACUGGGCUUCCAGGGCCGCAAGCGUUCCCGCAUGCACCUGUUCGUGCUGCACUUGGCCCUGACGGAUCUGGGCGUGGCGCUUUUCCAGGUACUGCCUCAGCUGCUCUGGGAUAUCACCUACCGCUUCCAGGGCUCUGACACCCUUUGCCGGCUUGUCAAGUACCUGCAGGUGCUCAGCAUGUUCGCUUCCACUUACAUGCUGCUGGCCAUGACGCUGGACCGGUACCUGGCUGUCUGUCACCCCCUUCGUAGCCUCCAGCAGCCCAGCCAGUCCACCUACCCUCUCAUUGCGGCUCCCUGGCUGCUGGCUGCCAUCCUCAGCCUUCCUCAGAUUUUCAUUUUUUCUCUGCGAGAGGUCAUCCAGGGCUCGGGGGUCCUGGACUGCUGGGCAGAGUUCUACUUUUCUUGGGGGCCACGGGCCUACAUCACCUGGACCACUGUGGCCAUCUUUGUGCUCCCCGUGGUUGUGCUCACAGCCUGUUACAGCCUCAUCUGCUGUGAGAUCUACAAGAACCUGAAAGUCAAGACACAGGCUGGCAGAGAGGAAAAAAGUGGCUGGAGGACUUGGGACAAGUCUUCAUCUCCGGCCCCUGCUGAUGCCACUAGAGGGCUGCCAUCCCGGGUCAGCAGCAUCAGCACCAUCUCCAGAGCAAAGAUCCGAACUGUGAAGAUGACCUUUGUGAUUGUGCUGGCCUACAUCGCCUGCUGGGCACCCUUCUUCAGUGUCCAGAUGUGGUCUGUGUGGGACGAGAACGCCCCCAAUGAAGAUUCCACCAACGUGGCUUUCACCAUCUCAAUGCUUUUGGGCAACCUCAGCAGCUGCUGCAACCCCUGGAUCUACAUGGCCUUCAACAGCCACCUGCUGCCACGUUCCCUGAGUCGCCGGGUCUGCUGCAGGGGUUCCCAGCGCCGGGUGCACAGGCAACUCUCCGAUAGCAGCCUGGCUAGCCGCCGCACGACGCUGCUGACCCACUCCAGCGGUCCGUCCACCCUCCGUCUCAGCCUUCACCUCAGCCUCCAGGCAAAGCCCAGGCCUGCAGAGCCACAGAAGGAUCUAGAGCAGGGGGAUGGAGAAGCCGCCGUGGAGACCAGCAUCUUUUAGAGAAGACUCCCUGGAACCCGGCUCCGCACAUCUCAACCAUUGGGAGUAAGGGCUAAACGGGUCGGUGAUGGUACUGAGUGGAGCCUAGUUUGAGGCAGGGUAAAGAGGCCAGAAUGGCUGCCGUUACCCUAGGUAUCAUGACCGCCCCGAGUGUGAGUACUGGCCAUUCUCUCUCAAUUUAGAUUGCUGGAAACCAGGAGAAUCGAACUCCCUGUUCCUUCUACAUCCACUAGGGCACCCACAAACAUGCCCAACUGGUAGAUAUAGUGUUCUAGAUCUAGGACAGGCCUAGAUGGUACUAUCAACUCAGAGGCUCGUCUCAUGACUUGGCUAACUGCCUCCAUUCUAAUUCAUCUGACUGGCACAUCUCAGUGCAACCAGGAGAGGAGAGAAGAGAUUAUUAGAAAGGAGAAGAGGUGUGUGGGACUUCCAGCUGUGCUCACUUGUCUAUAGAAAUGAGGUGGUCUAAUGAUGAUAUGGGACCUGGUACCCAAUGGUGGUGUGGGACCUGGUACCCAAUUGUGAUGUGAGACCUGGUACCAGAUGGUAAUGUGGGACCUGGUACCUGAUGGUGAUGUGGGACCUGGUACCUGAUGGUAAUGUGGGAUCUGGGACCUGAUGGUGAUGUGGGACCUGGUACCUGAUGGUAAUGUGGGACCUGGUACCUGAUGGUGAUGUGGGACCUGGUACCCAAUGGUGGUGUGAGACCUGGUACCUGAUGGUGAUGUGCGACAUGGUACCAAGUAGGAACAUAGUAAAUGCUCUUCUCCCACAUCAUUCCUGCCACCAGAUGGGUGGCACUGGGAUGCACCAUGCAUUCUCAGUGGUAUGGUCCACUGGGGCUUGAUAGGGAGAAAGAGGAAAGGGACGAAGGAAUGAAAAGGGUCACAAUAAAAUUAGGGGAAGGAAUAAGCCUAAAAGGCCACAGGGCUAGGGCCUUUCUCCUUGUCUCCUCCAGAGGUCCAGACUUCCUUCCUCUGGGACUGUGCGGAACAGACAUCCUUUUUGAAAAAAGCUGACUUGAUUAUGGCUCUAGAAAUUCUUGAAGUUCUAAGAGAAGUUGGAAUCAAAGGGUUUAUUUUUUGUUUAUUUGUUUGGUUUUUUGUUUGUUUGUU